AUGCGGGAGUGGUUUGCAUACAGAAUGCAAGAUCGUGAACAAGAAGCCGAUACUUUGUUAUUAUGUCGUCGGUUGUAUCAACAAUUUUUGGUUGACGGUUACACUAUGAUUGAGGCAGAGAGGCUCUCCUUUCUAAAGAAUAACCAACAAAGUUUAAGAUCAAAUAAUGUGAAGAAUUUAAGAGGGGCUGUGGAAAGAGGUGAUACAGAGGGACCUUCCAAUGGCAGUCGCGUUGUUAUACCACCGUCAUUCACAGGUGGACAUAGCUACAUGAGAGAGAACUAUCAGGAUGCAAUGGCCAUUUGUAGAUGGUAUGGUUAUCCAGAUUUGUUCAUAACCUUUACGUGUAAUGCUAAAUGGCCAGAAAUAAGCAGAUUCGUUCAAAAAAGGGGACUUAGACCCGAGGACAGACCGGAUAUUAUCUGUCGAGUCUUUAAAAUGAAGCUCGACCAAUUGGUGAAAGACCUAAAGGAGAAUGAGAUAUUUGGCCGAGUUAAAGCUGUUGUUUAUACAGUUGAGUUUCAAAAGCGUGGCCUUCCCCAUGUUCAUAUACUUCUUUUUCUGCACCCUGCUGACAAAUAUCCACAGGCAAGCGAUAUUGACAAGAUUAUAUGCGCUGAGCUACCAGAUCCAAUUGAGGAUCCGGAUUUGUAUGAGACUGUUACAGAAAUGAUGCUACAUGGUCCAUGUGGUUCCUCCAACACUAAUGCACCUUUCAUGGAUCAAAAUAAGUGCACAAAGCAUUUUCCUAAAACAUUUAUUGACGAAACAAAGGUUGAUGAGGAAGGAUAUCCAGUUUAUAGAAGAAGAGAUAACGGAACGUCGGUUGAGAAGAACGGAGUGCAUCUUGAUAAUAGGUUUGUUGUUCCUUAUAAUCCACAACUGCUUCGUAAGUAUCGUGCCCAUAUAAACGUUGAAUGGUGCAAUCAAUCCAGAUCGAUAAAGUAUUUGUUCAAGUACAUAAAUAAGGGUUACGAUAGAGUAAUUGCUGCUGCUUAUCAAAACAGAAAUAGCUGCGAUGAUCCACAAAAGAUUGAUGAGAUUAAAAUGUAUUACGACUGCCGUUACAUAUCUGCUUGUGAGGCAGUGUGGAGGAUAUAUGGAUUUCCUAUUCACCAUCGAACCCCUGCUGUUGAGAGAUUGAGUUUCCAUCUACCUGGGGAGCAAACGGUCGUCUACACUGACCAGAUGGACGUGGGAGAUGUACUUGAUAGACCUAAUGUUGAUAGCACAAAGUUUUUAUCGUGGAUGGAAUGCAACCAAAAGUAUGAAGAAGCAAGACAGUUGAAUUAUGUAGAGUUCCCCACAAAAUUUGUUGGAAACAACCUACGCGAGAAUGGGCACCUAGGUCGAAAGGGUUCUCACUUGGAAGGGUAUACCAUGUCGCUCCAGGUUCUGGUGAGAAAUACUAUCUAA